AUGCUUUGUUAUCGGCUGACAAAAAUUCUUCCUGUGAUUGUCCAUCAAAACCAAGGAGCUUUUAUUAAGAACCGUUUGCUCGCGCAUAACAUUCUUAUACUACAAGAUCUCCUUCAUGGUUAUACUAGGAAGAAUGUCUCUCCUCGUUGCUUGAUCAAAAUUGAUCUUAGUAAGGCCUAUGAUUCUCUUGAUUGGAUUUUUUUGGAGGAUAUUCUGAAAGAUUUUUGUUUUCCUAGCAAAUUUAUUCAGUGGAUUAUGGCUUGUUUGACGGGUACCUCUUAUACUCUAUUGAUGAAUGGGAGGUUACAAGGGAGUUUUGAUGGGAGGAAAGGAUUACGACGAGGAGACAAUACUUCUCCCUUGCUGUUUGUGCUUGUCAUGGAGUAUCUCACUCAUCUCCUUAGUCUUGUUUCUCAGCAUAAGGAUUUCUGGUUUCAUCCCAUGCGUAAAAGUUUGCAUCUAGUUAAUCUUUGCUUUGUGGAUGAUCUUAUUUUGUUUUGCAAGGUGUUUUUUGGAGGUAUUUCUGCUGAAGUGAAGAAGAGUAUUCUGAGUGUUGUUUCUAUUGAAAAUGGAAUUCGUUCGUAUUGGAUGAGUAUCUUCCUUUUACCUCAUAGUGUCAUUCAAGAUAUUGAUAGGUUGCAUCGAAAUUUUUUAUGGGGAGCUCAGGGCAACCGCAACAAGUUUCAUUGUACUUCUUGGGAUCAGGUUUGUCUUCCUAAGUCUAUGGGUGGUAUUGGUUUUAAGGAGGGAUCAAAGCGAAAUAAAGUCUUAUUAGCCAAAUUUAUUUGGGCUAUUUCCUCUAAACAAGAUGUGUUGUGGGUCAAAUGGAUAGAUGAACUUUAUCUCAAAGGCCAUACUUUCUGGGAUUAUUCUUUAAAACUUGAUGUGAGCUGGUAUUGGAGAAAAUUAUGUUAUCUGAAAGAGCUCUUUUCUGAAGCGGAUUUGGAGGCUUUGUUAGUGCAUGGUAAGCUGAAUCUGAAGUUUCUUUACAGCAGUAUGCUUAAGAGGGAUUCAAUCUCUUUUGCUAAGGGUGUUUGGUGUAGGCUUUCAGUUCCAAAGCAUCGCUUCAUCUUGUGGCAAUCGGUCCUUAGCCACCUGCUGUCUAGAGACAAUCUAUUGCGCUGUCAUAUUUACAUAGCCUCCUCUUCGUGUCCAGUUUGUGAGAGAGAUGAGGAAUCUCAUAUGCACCUAUUCUUUGAUUGUGUUUUCUCUCAACGGGUUUUGGAGCUUAUUAAAAUCUAG